AUGCGCAAUGUUUACGCCCCGCCCUGCCUGCGAAAACCCUAUUCAGACGAAUCGCAGACGGGGAGAGAGAGGGGGAGGGGACCACGAGCAAACUCCUUCACUAACAACGACCACAAUAGGCAAACAGAGAAUUCUCUGGAAGUUACGGUGAAUUCCUUUGAUGGACUUUGGAAAGAAUCAAAGCGAUUCCAUUCGAAAGUUUUCAGCCUAAAGAAAAACGAAAAAUUUCAAUGA